CCUCCGGCUAGAGUCCACAGCGCAGCGCGUUCAUCUCCUCACCGCCGCCGCCGCCGCCCUUCCCUCCUCCCCGACCGCUGCGUCAACCGUCAGCCUCUAGCGAUGGCGACAGAGACUCCGCAGCCGGAGAAGAAGAAAGCGCCGCUCCCCAAGGUGGUCACGCUCAACAAGGCCCUCAAGCUGGCUCAGACAUGGGUGGACAAAAUGACUGCAUCGGAGCCAGAUGAACCCAAUGACAAGGAUUUUGAGGGCAGGCCAUCCAGGCUUGGUCUUGGUGCUAAACUGGCACCUGGUGUGAAGCGUGCGGCUCCCACUAACCCAGUUGAGAGGAAGUUGCUCGGGAAGGUGAAUGCUCAGAAGAGAAAAGCCUUGGAGGAUGAGAAUAGAACUGCUAAGGAGGCAAAUGAGUCCAGUGAUGGUGAUAGUGAUGAGCCUGAAAGCAGAACCAGUGCCUUUAACAAGAAGAGGACAUUGCCUUCAGUUACUUCUACAUCUUUAGGGAAGAAGGCAAAGUGACAGGUUGUAUUCAUAGGCUAUUGGGAGUGAUAUGCUUGUUCUGGUUGGAGGUUCUUACUAACUCCCAGAUUGAUGCUAUUGCCAUGGUCUUAGUAUACCCUCUCAUAGUGUAGUAUGUGAUUUCUGAACUGUAAAGGGAUAGCUGUGCUGUUAUUGUUAAUUGCCAGUUCAGAAAUUGACAUAUUGUCUGUUCGAAGCUAAAUACACUGUGGUACUCUUUUGAUUAUUUU